GCAAUCAAUACUCCUCGUACAGCGAAACCUAACCGCUCACUACCAAAUGAACGUGCCAUAUCGUGUCCGCCCGUGACUGCCUACCCCGACGUCCGCCAUCUCCAUGGCCACACGAGAUGAAGAGCAUGCAGUGCAGGGGCGAAGCCUCCGUCGGUGCUAGCGGCUUUGUCGGUCUCGAGCACCACUCCGGCCGUCCCCUCGGAGUCCCCUAGCACCGGUGGAGUUGAGGAAGGUUGGGUGGCGCAGCACCGGUUGUGGCUCGGUCGGGAAGGGAGGCCUUUCCUUCUGGCCGGAGGAAGGACUGAAGGAGUAGUGUACGCCGCGGCCUGUGGGCUGGUGAUUCCUCAGAGGCUGACGAUAUGAUCCUGGACAGCGCAGCAACGGCCUGCCGCUCUGCGUCAAGACGGCGAGCUGGGUGCCCAAGGUCGGUCUGGAGCCGGCCGGGCGCGCGCGCGCGCGCAAGGUGUUCGACAGAAUGACCCAGGGCGGGUGUUGUGCCCCAAAGCGCGCAGCUUCAGGGCACUGGUCGUGGGGUGAACACAAGGGUUGUAUACAUAGAUGUACUCUGCGAUUUCUGCGUCAAUCGUGGAUAGACUGGACAAAUGGGCAAAUGGCAACCGAGUCACACAGCAAAGUUAUAGUUACAAGUUAGAAAGGACAGCGCCAUCAGCAUUGGCCUUUGGGAACCUGAGACAACGGUAAAAGAAUGACAACAUGGAGGGAAAGAUGACCCAUGUUUCAUUAAGUUGGGUGUUAUGUUCGAACCCUGGGGUGCUGGGUGAACCUGAGACAAUGAUGUCAGGACGGUGAGAGUUGAGGCUGGUUGUCACACGAUUUAGGGCACUGAAUAAGUUGAAGAAAGCCUCCAAUUUCGUUGUGCUUGGUCAGAUUCCUCCUCUAUGCAAGAGCCAUGGAACACAAGCAAUUUGUAAAUGAUACAAGACACAAAAGCCUGGAAGUGCAUAAGCAAAUAUGCAAAUGUGCUUCUCUCUCUCUCAGGCUAAAUUUGCCUUUCUUAAUGUUAACUAAUUUCUAUGUUUUCAGGGUCUCCAGUGAAAUGAAUUGCCAAUUGCCACAUACAUGAUACAAAAUAGGCAUGGAUUGUUGGCUCAUCACAACACACAUAAACAGCUCUGAAAAUUAUCAAGGAAAACAAAGCUACCUUUGAUUAUCAAAGGCUAUCACGGCACAGUGUAAAAUGCAUGACGCGCCCAUCCUUACUUGUCUGUCAGAAUUCAGACUCCCUAGUCCUUGAAAUUCGGCUUCAGGUGUACUGAUCGGUUCAGCAGAAACCUCACUUGCUGUUCAAGUGUGAAGUUUUCAGUUCUGUUCUUUCUCCAGUUUUGAGUAACUCAAGAUGCUGUAGUAUUGCUUGUGCAGAUCACUUGCUGCACUGUCGAAGCUUGUAGACGUGCAAAGCCGAGCACUUGCUAUGGGUGUGGCGGCGUCACUGCCGCAAGACUGCCGAGCUGGCUGGCUGCAAGUUUUGCUGCUGCUCAUCGCUCGCAACCAAAGGCAUGCAGAAGCUGUGAAGCAAGAGGACAAGCCAAAACCAACCAACUCCAGCCAGUCCAGGCUCCUCCUUUUUCACGCUGUUGUCCGCCUCUCUCUCGCUGCUCACGCUAUUUGGCCACCCAGCUUGUGGAUGCCACGCUGCUGGUGAUAAGCCCCCAGAUUUUCGCUUGAGACUGAGCGGGCAUUCGUCCAAGUAGGCACAUGAAAACAGGAGGCCGUUGAGGGGGGCUUGACUGGGAGUGAAGGCAUGCAAGUGGAGUCGACCAGAACUCCAGAACAAAGCGCCGUGAGGAGCGUGCACGGAUACAAGGUGGUCGGGAGGAAAACCGGGGUGGGGUGGGUCCGGUGGGAGAGGUGGGUGGAGCGAGGGUUCGUCCUCUCUGCCGCCGCGUGCCGCGAGGUCGGCGUGCCUGCUGCCGCGCCGCGGAUACUGCUUGCGGAGUGUCGUGGCCGGCCGGUGUUCCGCGAGGGGCAGACGGUGGGCGCCUGGCGCUGCAUUGUGGCGUUCGAUUCCGUCGCCGCCGUCGCGCCGUCUUCCCCGCCGCCGCCCGUGCUCUCCCCAUUCGGGAAUCCGCAACUGAAGUGUCUGCCUAACUUGUAUAACGACCUGGAGAAGGUGUUUCGGUUUCAAACUGUGGAAAAGGUCCCAAAGCUUCAAACGAGGAGAAAAAUCAUCCAUUACGGUGAGCAGGAGAAAACUUCUGAUGAUGCUGAUCAUGCAUCGGAGUCUGAUUCUGAUGAGGAUUCUCAAUCUGAGCUUCCACCACUAGUCCAGAAGCAUCCGAGAGCCAGCCGGAAGUAUAUAGCCAGCAUUACAUUAGUUGACAUAGCUCAGUACUUCCAUCUUCCAAUAAGAGAAGCUUCAAAGACUCUGAAGAUCGGGGUCAGCAUACUAAAGAAGAAAUGCCGACAAUAUGGGAUACCUCGCUGGCCUCACCGGAAAAUCAAGUCGCUUGACUCCCUCAUUCACGAUCUUGAGUAUGUGCUUGAAGACAAGACAAGAGAUGAUGUGGAGAAGCAGAAGGAAAAGGAGAAGCAGGUUGCUGCAAUAAAGGCCCUUACAAAGCGGAAGAGGAUGCUGGAGACUGAGAAGGAGACGAUACAGCAGAAGCCGGCCUUGGACCUGAUGGCUGAAACCAAGCAGUUCAGGGAAGAUGUUUUUAAGAGGAGAUACAGAGCGAAAAAUGCAUCCAGCGAUUAGCUUCUCUCAUUUCCUUUUUAGACUAUACAUUGAGCUUCCAAGUCCAGUGUAGCAAGUAGAAAACUGCUUGGACAGAUCGGAUAGUGGCGUGUCAAAACUGGUCAGUGCUAUCCGGUGUAACUCAAAUCUGGUGUAAACAGAUGAUAGCUGAUCCAUGUUCUCCACCAUUUUUUCAGACUAUGCUAGCUCCUCGUUAUAUAACUUUUUUGUGUUCUGAUGAUGAUACUGUUGAUGGCA